AUGGGAAGAAACUGGGGUUUUGCACAGUCUCGGCUGUUGGACCAGCGAGCAUCAGAAGGUGAGACAGCAACCAGACCCAUCCCAGAGCCCCUCCGCAGCGGGAAGGUCACGGCCGCCACGAAGGGAAGGGGUUUUGUAUACGAUAGCCGGAAUAAUUUACAGAUGCGAGGUUUGGUCGUAUUGCUUAUUUCCAAAGCUGCUGGACCCAGCACGGCAGAACUCUCUUUCCAGCACAGCAUGGUCAGUGGAAUUUAUUCCAGUCAAAGAAGUCUGGCCGAGAUUACGGAACUGAUCCACACGGCCUUUCUGGUGCAUCGUGGCAUAGUGAAUAUUGGCGAGCUCAAGUCCUGCGAUGGCCCACUGAAAGAUAUGCAGUUUGGAAAUAAAAUGGCUGUUUUAAGUGGAGAUUUUCUUCUCGCAAAUGCUUGUACAAGCCUUGCACAGUUGCAGAAUACCAAGGUUGUGGAACUCAUUUCAAGUGCUAUUGGUGACUUAGUUCAAGGUAUAUAUUAUGAAAACUCAAAAUCAUCUGAGAACUGUCUUACAGAUGAUAUUGGCAUAUCUACGUGGAAGGAGCAGGUUUUCCUGUCCCAUAGCGCCUUGCUGGCAAAGAGCUGCCAGGCUGCAAUGGAGCUAGCAAAGCACAGCGCUGAGAUUCAGGACAUGGCAUUUCAGUAUGGAAAGCACAUGUCGAUGAGUCAUAAGCUACAUUCAGACCUUCAGCCAUUUGUUAAAGAAAGUUCUAGUGACACCGUGGCCUUCAGUUUGAAUUCCGCUCCUGCAAUCCUCCAUCAGGAAUUCCUUGGAAGGGAGGCAUGGAUUAAACAGAUCAGAGAGGCACAAGGAAAAGGAAAUAUAAUUGACUACAAGAAGCUGCAGGAAGCCAUCAAGGCUGGCAAAGGUGUGACUUCAGCCAUCGACCUCUGCCGCGGCCACGGAAGCAGAGCGCUGGCAGCCCUGGAGCGCUUCCCUCCCUCCGAGGCCAGGGCUGCCUUGGCCAACAUCGUCUGCGCCGUGACCAGGUUCCCCUGA